GUAAUUUACUAAAAGAAAGCCAAUCGUACUUACAGUAUAGAUAAGACAGUGAACUAUGUUGAAAGUCUGUGACAAACAGAACAAAAUGACAGCUACCGUCUGGAUUCUGUUUUCAUUAUCCUUUGCUUCGGUCUUUAGUGAGUACACGGACCCACAUUGUAAUGGUAAACAGGUAAUUGUUCAUCUGUUUGAGUGGAAAUGGUCAGAUGUCGCUCUAGAAUGUGAACGCUUCCUGUCCAAGAAGGGAUUCUGCGGUGUCCAGAUUUCUCCCGCCAAUGAGCACGUGAUUGUGACAUCUCCUCCUCGACCUUGGUGGGAGAGGUAUCAGCCCGUCAGCUAUAAACUACACAGUCGAAGUGGUACCGAGGCAGAGUUUGCUGACAUGGUCGCCCGGUGCAAGAAAGUCGGCGUCAGAAUUUAUGUUGAUAUAAUUCUGAACCAUAUGGCUGGUCUUGGUCGGAAUGGCACUGGUACAGCAGGCAGCCAUUUUGAUUCGGACAAGUUUGAUUUUCCUGGUGUACCGUACGUAAAGGAACAUUUUAACAAAUUCUGUCCGUUGAACGCUUGGACAGACGAACAUAUGAUGAGGGAUUGCUUCCUUGUUGGACUCACCGAUCUUGAUCAAAGUAACGAGUAUGUACGAAAUAAGAUCAUUGCUUUCUUGGACAAAUUCAUUGACUAUGGAGUUGCUGGUUUCCGUGUUGAUGCGGCAAAACAUAUGUGGCCAAAGGAUAUCGCAGUAAUACAACAGAAGGUCAAAGACCUGCCCGAAGGCGGUCGGCCUUUCUUUGUACACGAGGUUAUUGAUCAGAGUAAUGGACCGAUUACAACACAACAAUAUACAUCUCUUGGGUAUGUAACUGAGUUUAGAUAUUGCCAGAAAAUUAAAGAGGGUAUCGAAGGUUUCGGUCGCCUAGGUGGGGUUGUUGACUAUGGAUGGGGUAUGACAGAUUCCGAACAUGCUUUUGUUUUUGUUGAUAAUCACGAUAACCAGCGUGGACAUGGAGGUGGUGGAUCUAUCAUCACAUUCGAAAAAGCCAAAGAAUAUAAAAUGGCAGUAGCCUUUACACUAGCGAAUGAUUAUGGGUUCACUAGGGUUAUGAGUAGUUACUUUUAUGGCGACAACAGCGAUCAAGGUCCGCCACAUAAUGCAGAUUUUUCUACCAAAGAUGUAAAGAUAAAUUCUGACCAGUCAUGUGGGAACGGGUGGGUAUGUGAACAUAGAUGGCGUCCUAUAGCCAACAUGGCGGCUUUCCGCAAUGCUGUAGUCGGAACGAAAAAAGAAAAUUAUUUCAAUCAAAAUGACCAGGUAGCAUUUUCGAGGGGGAAUAAGGGAUUUUUUGCAAUGGCACGUGCAGGCCACAUGGAUGAGACGCUACAAACUGGACUUCCGGCUGGAGAGUACUGUGAUCUUAUUUCAGAUUGUUCUAAGAAAUUCAGAGUUGAUGGUAACGGGAUGGCUCACAUUACCAUUGACAACGCCAAUGAACCUAUCAUUGCUUUUAUCGUUGGAGGCCCUUCAUCAAGUUCUGGGACUAACAGUGGUUCUGUGUCCGGCUCUGGAGUCGGUACUACUUCUAGCUCUGUAUCAAGCACCGUUUCCGGUCCAACUUCUAGCUCUGUAUCAAGCACCGUUUCCGGAUCCGGCGAUGCAUCCUCAGCAAGUACAACGAAAGAAGUGACUGAUAUUACAAGCACAUUACCCCAUACUACCCCGACAGUUCCUUCCGGUUGGGCUCGAACAAUUAUCAUGAUAGAAAAACAGACAGUAAAUGGGCAGGAUUUAUUUAUACGCGGAGGUUUAGAUCAUGGAAGACACUCGGGAUGUACUCAUGAUGCCAGAACAAGCGCAUGCGCGAUUCCAAUUCGUUACGGUACGCAGCAUACUGGUUCUCAUUACGACAAAUUUAACGCCUGGUCUGUCAAUGACAAUUUCCUGGAUUGGUACGGGUCUGAACCUAACCAGGGAAGAUACAACGGUAUCAUGGCCGAGGGGACACCUGCUGUAUGGACUACAAACAAUGCCGGGAGCCCGGGAUACAGCAAAUUAAACACAUACGGUCAGCAUUAUUGGCUGGUUGAUGUAGACAUGGAUUGCAGUAAGACAGCUAACGGAUGGUUUGAGAUCAAGGCAGUUGUAAACGGUGAAUGGGAAGGAAACAUCCGAAUCAACAGUCCAUGUACCGGGAGUGGGUCUAAUACUUUACCAGAGCAAACAUUUAACCACUGGGCAAGGUGCGGAAUGAUGAAUGUAUUCCACUUCAACAGUGGAAGUUGUGAAAUUGUUGAUAUACCAUAACAUUUUUAUAUGUAAGAACAAGAAGAAAUAUAUCUAA